AUGUUGACCGUUCGAAUUCCCAAACGUAAAGUACCGAAUGUAUUUGGUCGAUCGCUCGCCUCUGCGUACGUUUGUCGUCAAGAGAGCCGCGCACAGUAUCCACCUAUUGUAGAUGUUAAACCCGAGCCGACAUUGUUACGUCAAGAACUGAGUGACCAUGAAAAAAUUCGUAACCUCAGUACAAUCGAAGAAAAAUCUAUCGGCAUAAACAUGCCAAGAUAUUAUGGUUGGCAGUCAUUAGUGGUAAAAGAUAAAGUAAUUCCUUAUGACUUUUUGCCAUUUGCUCAGACGGUAACAAAGACAAAAAUAUAUGAAGUAGACACUCUUCCUAAUCGACUUUCAAAUGAUGAUUGUCAACAAUUCAUCGAUCGUAUAAAACCUCAGCUAGAGGAUAGUUUGGUAUUUGAAUACAAUAGAAACAGAAGCAGAGGUAAAGCAAUAAAAUCUGACAAAAAUAUUGAUGAAUCCGGAUCAACAAAUGAAUUGGCUAAAAGUGUAGCAGAACAAGUAAAUCGUAUAUUCUUAGCCAAUCUGGCAGCUGAUUAUCCACAUUUAUUUGAAGCUCAGAUCGAUUAUGAACCUCGGGUUGAAGGAUUCUGGAACGUACAUGGGUUUGCAGCCACUAAAGAAGAUGAAGCUAUGAGAAAGAAAAAAAAUGUACCUAAAGAGAAUUUAAAAAAUCCCGUUGAUAGAUGGAUACAUUAUUUUGGUCGACCUACAAUCCAGGUGCGACAUAAUUUACCUUUACCCUCAGUUCCCCUAGACAAAUGGACCUUAACUACUGCUCAGUCUGCCACUUCUGAUAUUCCAAAGACGGCAUUCAAAGAAUUUGGUAUUCCUAAUUAUGAUUAUAAUCCUACAAUUUAUCAUAAAUUACCUUAUGAAAGGAGACAUGGCAUCAGUAUACCGGGUUUUUGGCCAAAUGAUCAACAAAAAUUUGGUUUGUUGUCCAUACACACCAAUGAGUACUUAGAAGAUAGACCACCAAAUUUUGGUGAAUCAGAACACCAAGAAGCUGUUCAUGCCCAAGCAAUACUAGCAUCAUUCGCUUGGUUGAUAGGUCAAGCCUCUUAUCAAGGUUUUACAAUUUGCAAUGAACUCACAUAUCCUCUUGUUAAUCAAUCAAUUAUUACAAAUGGCAAGACUUGGUCAUUUUACAUGUAUCAAUUAAAUACUAUGCGCUUCUUUAAAAGUCAAGAUGAUAUCAACCGUCCAAUUGCUCCCAGUAACAUUUGUUGGGGAACAAAACAAACAGAACUGUUUCACAACAUCACAGAUGACCGCAUUGUUGGUUGGAAUGAUGACGUGUUAAAAGAUCUUUUAAGUUGUUAUGUGAAUAUCCCUAAAUCACGAGAUCACGAAAUGUGUCCAUAUCUUGGUAAAGAACAAUUAGUGGCAAACAUAGAUGAUAUUAAAAGAAGGGUGUGGUUACAUAAUAGAUACAAAGUUUUAACAUCUCACAGACCUAGACAUCGUCUUUUACCUGAAGUUUAUGAUUGGGAGCGUAUUUAUAAGAUUGAAUAUGAAACCAGACAUUUUGAGGCCAGGAGACGUUUCUUUGAACUUGAACAGGAUCCACUGAAUGAGAGACGACUUGAUGACCAUUACGGGCCUUACAUACAACGCAAGGAUAGAGAUAAGGGAAGAAGAAUUAGGAAAAAACGAUUCGAUGACAUGUAUUAUCCUGAUGUUUAG